AUGAGCGACCCAAUUGAGCCCUCAACGUCGUCGUCUUCCACCAAAGACCCGGCCCUUCUGAUUCACCCGAGGCGCGAGCCAUUCGAGCACGGGCUUUUGCCCAUCCCCAAGCUCAUCUUCACCGACCCGACGCAAACCCUAAUUCCCCUGAAGCAGAAGCUGAUCGAGCAGUCUUCGAGUCACCGGGUCAACUCGGCCGCGAUCUCCGAGGUGCUUCAGAUCUCCAUUGAUCAUGCCAGGCUCGUCCUCGAUACCCUUGCCUCUGUUCUUCAUUCGGAGUCCGACCCGCUCCUCAAAUCCAAGCCGGACGUGGUUGAUGAGGUCGGCGCCGAUGUGAAUGAUCUGGUUCUGUUCCUCUACAUUCAGUCGUACAAGAAGUUGCUGCCGAGGACGCACAAGGACUCGGCUGCCGUCGCAGAUGUUUGGCCUUCGACCUCGGCUUUCGAUGGGUAUUUGUCCGCUUUAUCGCCAUUGCAGCUUGUGCGUAGCAAUAGCCGUCGGUUUGUGCCAUCACAGGCUGAUGAAGAGGCCCAUCAGUUGUCAUAUCUGCAAAAGCAUUUGGCCAACAUUGUCUCUCUUUUAGCAGAACCUGUGGAGGGGGAAGGCGAAGAAUCUCUGAAAAAGUUUCUUCCCACUGUGAGCACCACCCCAUCCUUUAAUUCAUGUUUAGGAUCUGAAGGAUAUCACUUGGGCCAAUAUGCCCCUUUUUUUGCAAAUUCGGAUCCUGAUAUGCCUGCUGUUCCUGUUCCUGCUGCACAAGUUCAUGAUUGGGUUCUGCAGAAUAUAGUUUCUUCGUUGGAAAAUAUUUCUGAAAGAAUUUCUCCAAAAGAAAAUGGCCCACCCAGUUCCUCAGAUCAAGAUGUUCCCAUGGCUGAUGCCUGCACGAGUACAAACAAGGGCUCAAUAAGUGUUAGAGGUCCCAGUUUUAUUGAAGGGAUCUCCAAGUCAUCACUUAUAAAGCAAGCAUCUGAUCUUAAGGCUCUUCUGUAUGAGUUGUAUGUAAUGAUUGCAUGUUGCAUGUCUCCAUGGGGAUUCAUUCUUGGUCACUCAUGGUUUUGGGCUGUGCUAAUGCCCAUGCUAUGCUUCUAUGCAUUUGCUUCACCUUUCUUCAAGUCUGUUGUGUAUAGAGAGGUUUUAAAUUGCCACGAUUCAGUUAUCUACAUAUUAGCACCUCUGAGAUAUGCCACAGUUUAUGGAUGCUCCGAUGCUACUAUUGUUCUUGGAGCUGUUGGAAAGGCUGUAAGAAUUGAACACUGUGAGCGAGUUCAUGUGAUUACAGCAGCAAAACGUAUCUGCAUUGCUAACUGCCGCGAAUGCAUGUUUUUUCUUGGGGUAAACCAGAGACCACUUAUUGUUGGUGAUAACCAUAAGUUACAGGUGGCACCCUACAAUACAUUUUACGGUCAGUUGGAGGAGCACAUGAAUGAAGUUGGGAUUGAUGCUACUAUCAACAGAUGGAAUGAACCCCUGGCACUUGGAGUGGUUGAUCCACAUGAUUCGUUAUCUCAUCCAGCAGGUGUCUCUGAUGCUCAAGCUGAGUCUGGUUCACACUUAGACCCUGAGCAGUUCACAAAUUUUUUGAUUCCAAACUGGUAUGGAGGUGAAUCAGAGGGCUCCACAAAAGACAACCCAUUUCCAUUACCAGAUAUUUAUGUGGCAUCCCAGCAGAGAAAUCAGAACAAUUUAGGGGAGGUAAAGCAAUUAUUGAGGGAAGCACCUCUCGAAGAAAACAGAAAACGGGAAUUAUCCACUGCUCUCCACGUAUAUUUUAAAGAUUGGUUGUAUGCUUCUGGAAAUAUCCGUCAGCUUAUUGCCUUCAAGGAGAAUGAUUUUUGCGUCAUAAUGCUGUGGAACAACCAAGAGUGGCAUAGAAAGAAGCUUUCUGGUUUUAUCUUUCAAUCCUACCAUGGCCACCUUGCUGUUUCUGAUGGUGCCACAGGGCGAAUCAACCCUUUGUACUUUGGAAUGGUACCCUGCAUAAUUAUGCAUUGA